AUGGUUCAGUCCUUGAAGGAGCGAUUGAAGAUGCGGCCGCCCAGCGCAGGUCUCACAUCAGUGGGGACUGCAGAGCUGGAUCUUGCUGCGGAGCUCGUGCACGCCGCAUGCACUGCUGCAGAAACUCCGCCAGAGCCAUCAUCUGUGGCAAUGUCGCAGGCCACGGUAGACGAUGAUGCGACAGCUGCGCUUCAAUCAGUCCAGGAAGGGCUGCAGGUUCGGCCACUUAGCGCAGGCACGAGGAGCUUCCCGGCAUCUUCACUCGUUGAGGCUGCCAUGCCACUCCCGAGCACCACUGGUCCAGCCUCAGAGGAGCGGGUUCAAGUUCGACCGCCUAGUGCAGGCACAGGAAGCUUCCCAUUGUCUUCACUGGGCGAGGCCGCAGACGCACAGGUGGUGGCUGAGGUUCUGGAGGCUGCCAUGCCAGCGAGCAUGACCGGUCCGGCCUCGGAGGCCACCAUCAUCGUUGAGACGGCGGCAGAUGCUGAUGCCGCAGACGCACAGGUGGUGGCUGAGGUUCUGGAGGCAAAGCGUGAGGUGGUCGAGCAGCGCAGACUCCCUCCGAUUCAGCUCCGUCCCUGGGAAGGAUACUCGUACAACGCAGCGAGAUCGACCAGUCUCGAGCCUGGUGUUAUCAGCGUCAUUGCCUCGGCGACCUGCUCUGAGGCGGCAGAGGCCGCUGUGCGAGCCGCUUACGAGGAAGUGCUGCGCCCUUCACUCGAGCUGGAACCUGGCAGGAGGCCUUCUGGCUUCGGGCUUCCUGAAAGCAUUGCCUCUGUGGGCUCUGAGGAGGCUGCACGGUUGGGUGCGGCUGCUGCGGCUGACUUGCUGGAAGAGGCCACCGACUUGGCACCUUCGGGGGCGGCAUCCGUGCGAACAGCUUCAAGCUGGGAGGAGCGGAUCACUACGCAGGUGACGGGAGACCUGCUCCCUGACACGCGUGAUCACGAAAGGCUCGUCGGGCUUGAGUCUCAGACAGGAUCCGUUCACAGCCAACAUCGCGUCGUGGAUGAGCGUAGCCUCGGCGAAUCCAAAGCCAGGAAGACCAUGGUUCCCUCCACCGAAAUCCUGGAGCAGCAGCCAACUAACAGCCGCUUCUCCGCAGAUGUGGAGGCGGCGAAGCACCAGUUCGAGCGCUGCGAAAGCUCCGCCAGCACGGAGGCCGCAGCGGAGAGGUUCCCGCGCUUCAGCUCCGACAGCUCCAACGAAGAGCGCGAGGUUGAGGUGUCGCCGGCAGAACGACUGAGGCUCGAACGCGAGGAGCAUGAUGAUGAAAAGGCUGAGCUCUUCCGUGAAGUCCGCGCCACGCCGGUCAUUGCCCUGCUGCUCCUGCUCCUUUUCGUUUGCUGGGCCAAGCCCAUGGUGUUGCUGUGGGUGGCCUCCAUUGUGGCUGUUGUGGUAGUGCUUCCGAACGUCGUCUUCAAUCUUCACUUGCUCACGAGUCAUGGUAAGAAAGAGUGCAAGCGAAAGCAGCUCACCGGCCACACGUGUGCAUUGCAACUCUCUCUCGCCUCGCCCGGACAGGGGCUUACAGUGUCGCGCCUGGUAGCCUCAGAGGUAUCUUACAAAGCGUACGCGCAGGAUAGUGGAUCAGUUGGUGGCAUGGAAGGUGGCACGACGGAAGCGAGAAGCUUUUGGCUGCACGCUUCACGAGCCUUGCAGGGUGGAGGCAAGUUUCCGCUUUGGUCAGACUGUGCCGGCUUGCAGCGGGCAUCUUCAACCUGUGCGGUUCUGCACUGUGCGGACUGGGAGAAACGAUGCGCAAGAAAAGCGGGUUCCUUCGGGACUUGCAGCGUCGGCCUCUGGAAUGGCCAGAGGCGCAGUUCCACUUCACUGUCACUCCUGCCGCCCAGGACAGCUUUGCACAGCUGGGUUCACGUCGCCCCCGAGCCCAAGCAUGCAGAGCCGCCGGAGGAGGACUUCGCGGAGCCGGAGCUUGUCGAAUCGACCCGGAAGGUUCCCAAGAAGCCUCAGCCGGAGGCGGAGGAAGAAGCCCUGCAGCCCGAGGUCGUCGAGGAAGAGGCUCCCAAACCUGAGAUGGCAGAGGAGCUCGUACGCUCUGCAUGUCAAGCUGGUGAAGCUCUGCAUGAAGCCUCCGUGGUAGUGUCGCAGGCCACAGGCGAUGCUGGUGCGGCCGCCAUGACACGCUCCUUAGAGGACAAAUUGGAUGCUCCACCACACAGCACGGGCCACACGUCCGCAGGCACGUCCGAAAUGGAUCUGGCCACGGAGCUCGUGCAUGCCGCGUGCCAUGCUGGCCAGACCCCACAGGAGGCAUCCCUCCUGGUGUCACAGGCGUCAGCGGUUGAUGUGGCUGCGAUUGGCUCCGUUCAGGACCUGCUGGACUCUGCGGCAGAGGCCCAGGCACCUUUGAAGGCCCGAGCCUCAGUGCCGGCUCAAGAGGUCAUAAAGCAGGCGCCGUUUGUUGAGGAGGCCCAGCUUAACUGGUCAGACUCCAUCGUUCUGACUGUGGGUCGACCCGCGAAGCGUUUUGUAAUUCCCAAGGAUUUGGUAGAGCCAGAAGCAGAGGCUGUCGAGGUAAAAUCCGCUGCUGAGGUGGAGGAGGACAUCCGGAUCUUGGGAGAUGCGUUGGUGAACCAUGCUGAGGCCAAAGCAGAGGCAGACUCGAAGGCAGUACGUGCUGCGCUGGCACAACAUGCCGAGGACACGGGAGAAGCUGCCCUCCAGGAAGCGGUGCGAGCUGUUGGAGGGGCAUUGGCUACUCACGCGGAGGAAAAGCAUGCUGCCGAAGUUGAGGAGGACAUUCGGAUCUUGGGCGAUGCUCUAGCGAGACAUGCAGAGGCCAACAAGGCAGAAGAGGACAUGAAGGCAGUACGUGCUGCGCUGGCACAACAUGCCGAGGACACAGGAGAAGCUGCCCUCCAGGAAGCGGUGCGAGCUGUUGGAGGGGCAUUGACUACUCACGCGGAGGAAAAGCAUGCUGCCGAAGUUGAGGAAGACAUUCGAAUCAUGGGCAAUGCCCUAGCGAGACAUGCAGAGGCCAACAAGGCAGAAGAGGACAUGAAGGCAGUACGUGCUGCGCUGGCACAACAUGCCGAGGACACGGGAGAAGCUGCCCUCCAGGAAGCGGUGCGAGCUGUUGGAGGGGCAUUGGCUACUCAUGCGGAGGAAAAGCAUGCUGCAGAAGUUGAGGAAGACAUCCGGAUCGUUGGAGAUGCUUUGGUGAAACAUGUGGAGGCCAACAAGGCAGAAGAGGACAUGAAGGCAGUACGUGCCGCGCUGGCACAACAUGCCGAGGAAACAGGAGAAGCUGUCAUCCAGGCCGUACCCAGAGCGAGCCACAUGUGGGCCACAUGUGGUGUUUGCAUUGUAAUGACCCCGACGCGUCGUCUGGAGGAAGCGGCCUUUUCGUCCUUCCGACGGUGGCAUCUGUCAAAGGCCAACCAAGCAGAAGAGGACAUGAAGGCAGUAAGUGCCGCGCUGGCACAACAUGCUGAGGCCACGGGCGAGGCUUCCAUCGAGGACGCAGUGCGAGCUGUUGGAGGUGCUUUGGCUACUCAUGCGGAGGAGCAGCUGGCCAUAGCCGAAGAGCCUCCGCCUCCACUGCCUCCCUCCGUGCCAAAGCCUACGGAUGAUGAUGAUGCCGUCUACGGAAAGGAAGCUGUUCCGGAGUUGCCUCCGCGGCAUUUGAAAGAGAUGCAGGAUGAGGAGGAGCAGUCGAUCGUCUCGGAGAUGUCACCGAUGACACAGCACCUUGUGCGCCUGACCACCCAAGACAUGCUGGGAGGGAGCCAGGUGGAAGGGACGUUGGUCUCCGAAGCGUCGCCUGUCGGCCUGGAACGGCUCUCGACCCAGGACCUCAUCGGGGCCAGCCAGGCAGAGGCCACGAUCAUCCAAUCAGAGGCCUCUCCUGCCUACUUGCACAUCUCGGAGCGUGAGAUGUUGGGUCAGGAGAUGCCAGCAAAACCAGGUACUCCCCAGAGUGUCGGUACCGAGGCCAGCUUCGAAGAGCAGGUGGCGCGUCUGCAGCUGCCUGAUGCUCCUGGUGCUGGUGGCGAGCCAGGACAGCAGGCGGAAGAGCAGGAAGAGGACGUUUUCCCGCCGGAAUCCAGGCCUGUGGCGGUGAGACCGCCAGCUGGAUCAGGACUGGCAGCAGCUUGCCAGCGCCGUCUGGUAAACACAGGCCUCAUGGAGCGAUUCGAGCAGCAAAGCGCCGCCAUCGAGGCUGCCGUCGAUCGACGGCCGUGUACAAAGCUGGCCACCGUCUCUAGCUUGCCGGCUAUAUCCCUCGACCCGAACAAGGUGGCAGAUGAGACCAAGCGUGUGCUACGCUUGAACUACCAUAGGGUCAUCAGCCCUCCGACUGUGUACCAGAACUACAAGAGGGCUGCCGUGGACAUCGACUUGCAGGGCGAGGAGGUCCGACUCCACACCGAUCCUGUUCUCCAGGAGCGGCGCUUCGUGCGGCAACGAGCAACCUACCAGAGCAUGCCGGUGGACGUUACAAAGGGCGCAAAGGCCGCUGUCUCACCUCACAAGGGCAUCUCGAAGAAGAGCAGGCCCUUGGAAUCGAAAAGUACACCGCAGCUUCCCCCUGCCACUGGAGCAGCCGGCAGGCGGCCCCCAAAGCUGAGGCCACUUUCAAAGGGGCCAGACAUGCUGCGCCUGUUGGCAGACGGUGCUCUUCCAGCGCGAUUGUGCCCGCCCAUGUGA